CUCUGAAACCCGCGGGAUCUCCCGGGCACGGUCGCAUCCCGCCGUACAAAUAGCCGGGCGUUGGGAAUUUCGAUUUUAAAUACCUUUGAUAAAUCGAGAAAAAAAAAAACAACAUUACAUGUCAAAACAUGCGUUCGCGCGUUUUUUAUCUGUCAAUGUGAUUUUUUUUUCGUUUCAUUAUGUGAUCAACGUGGUCGCUCGCUCGAUGCUAAAGUGUGAUAACGUGACCUUUGUUAUAUUAGACAAACUGUUUUUGUUGAUUAAACAUUACUAUUGUAUUAAAGUGACGGCACUUCGGACACUGUGAACGUUGCAAUUGGACGAAUCAUGUGAUUUUUUGGCCGGCGGACGCCGCACCAGCAGCCCAGGACUUUCACCCAUCGAGCAUGAUCGGUUAACGCCAAAAUGACUAUUGUCAAAUUAAAAUUUCUUUAUUUGCUACUGAAGCUGCUCCUCGCUAAAUUUAUCGUUAACGCCCGACCGAACCCUGACAACGUAACAGAUAUCAUCAUAAAAUUUUCAAAUAACCAUACCUUUAUUCCAAUAAAUCCUGAUUCUGAUACUUUAGUGGUCGCCAAUGACGAGGAAGCAGAAAUUGAUGAUUUAAAGGAGGCGGACGCAAUGGUCAGCUCGGAACAACAGCGGGACAAGGAACUAUCACAGAACAGCAACACUCAAAAGCGUGUGUCGAACGAAAAACGAAACAUAUCAGCGCUGCUAGACGAUUUAAUCGAUUCAGAAACUAAUCGAGAUGAUACUAUCACAGAUUUACUGUUCAAGCCCGAUUCAGAAUUCGUCGAAGGCGUGCCGACUUUCGAAUUUUUGAUCGCCACCAGAAUCAACGAGAGCGAAACUGGCGUUAAUGAAACCAGUAGAGAUGCAGGCAUCGGUGACGUGCUCAAGAAGUUGGAUUACGUUGAACUUGUCGAAGUGGUGAAAGCCGGUAAAGAGAACAGAAGUGCCUAUAUGUUGAACAUAACCGGACACGAAGUCGAUAACGAUCUAGCGCCGGACACAAUCUUGUCUGUGUUCUCAGGUUUCACGGACGUCCAGACAUUGUUCCUGGCCUGCUUCGGGACCCUGCUGCCGCUGCUGGCGGUGCUCUUUGCUACGUUGGUCAUCAGAUGUUUGUGCAGAAGGCACUGUCCAGGGUUCUGCAAGAAGCACACCGGUUCUUCGGCGUCCGAUAGCAGCGACAACAAAGAUGGAAACCACCAGCAGUUAAAGUCUCCGGCUGAAGAUGAAACAGGCGUUAAUAGAGUGGAGAACCGAGAGUCUCCGCCUGGAAAUGGAUCAAUCUUCACAAUGACUUUGAAGAACAAUCAUCUAAUAGUCGAAACAGAAGAGAGAAAUGAUAUCACAAAGAACGGACGCGAAACUAAAAUGAAAUAUUCCCCGGACAACGAUGGCAUUUUUGUGGUGGAAGUUCAACAAUCAUCAGCGUACAGGCCGAAUAACGUUGCACUCCAGAACUCACCACCCCAAGAUCCUCAGAUCUCGACGAACCAGGCACUUAUUCACAGAGUACCUGAAGAGUUGGACAAAAGGGCAGAAGAUGACAGUGAGCGUAGCAGCGAGAAGUGCGAAAGGGACAAAGCAUUGGCUUUAUCGAGCACUGGUCUCUCAAUUUCAGAUCUUAGCAUGUCCUCUAUUGGAUCCCACAACGUUAGUUACUCUUAUGGAAGCCAGAUGGGCUACGAACAAGGACCAUUCGGCUAUCCAGUCUACGCUGGCUACGAUGUUUCUAAAGACGACGUCCCUGAAGGUAUUGUGUGCGACAAUUCCACAGAACCAUUGAUUAGUAAAACCCCAACUGACCCAGACAAGCCAGUGGUCACUGCAGCUAUCUUUAAGCAAGAUUCUAUUAUAGGUAGCGAGGUGCCAGGUUAUUGUAUCGAAGGUUCUUCCGAUGGUCCCUUACUUUCUGAUGUUCAAGCCAGAGAAUACAGUCUUCAGCAUUUACACGAUCAAAAGAAACUGGAGAAUGGAGUUGCUGUAGCCAUCACUGAAAAAGAUAGUCCCAAGAAGAACCUCAAUCGAGCUGAUAGUCUACCUGUUCGGAUAGAAGACGAGAAUGACAAGGUAGAUACCGUAAUAAUCAGAGAAGACGUCGGUGAUGUGUUCCAUGGCAAAAGACCUUCGCUACCGAUCAUCAAGACGGAGAUCUAUGAAUCAGUUUGUGAUGCUGCAAAGACAAUUUUACCCAGGCUCUCCAGUGAAGCUUCAUCUGAGAUAUAUGGCACGCCUCCCAUGAUAACCAUCACGGAGGAAAGUGAGUCAAGCAAGUCAGAUGGCACGAGCUAAUUUUGGAUGGUUGUUUGUAUAUAUUAAUAAGUUUUUGAAAAGUUUUUUGUAAAGUGUGUGAAACGGUGUGAGUGAAGUACGACAAAGUGGUGGUCGCAAGGCAUUCAAUUGAACCAUCCUUUGUAACACCAGUCGAUUAAUAUAUCAGAUUGGCUGCUUUAUUCCGGGCUUGUCGAUAUUUUCUUGUUAACCUUAGAGUCCUUUUGUUUUUAACGGGUUCUCAUCAGCUAAAAGGCAUUGUUUAACAUUCAAAGUAACCGGUUAAGGAAAAAAACGUAUAAGUUUUCUUCUAUUUAUAUCUACUAUUCCCUCUUCGUUACAAUCUUGGCACAGUGUAUGCAAUUGUCAUAUGGAAUUAGGGCAGGCAUGUUUCAUUCGCCUCACGAACCCCGCCGUUUCUUCUUGCUUGAGGCUAUUGCCUGCAGGGAUCUCCAACUGCAGACUUGAUUAUCUCGGUCUGCUGCAAGGGAGACCUCAUUUAUGAAUGCACAGGUAAAGAGCUCUGGGUGGCAUUUCGAAAACAUUGGUUAUUUGUUUCAUCUCAUACAAGGUACAGCUGAGAGCAGGGUUUUUCAGUUUCAAUUGAACAAUUAACUUGCUUUUAAAAAAUUUAAUAGCUUUUAUCGUGCGCCACAAAAGCUACUCAAGGUCUCUAAACUGUAACGAUUCAUACGAUGAUAAAUGUAUUAGUAACGGACUUUAAAAACUUAAAAGGCUCUAUCUUCGACGGUAUGUUAUGUUCACUGAUUGGUGGAUUCAUUUUUUUUAUGUUUAUUUAUGGCGCUUUUAAGUUUAAUUGGUGAAGUGCAAUCAUGAAGAUGAAUGUCAAUUUUUGAAGUGAAAUUUCUUUAUGCGCGUUGAGAGUAAAGUUUAACUCGAGACAGAUUCGUUACGGCUAGAGAAAAAAGAUACAAUUUAGGACGAGCAAGAGUGAGAAAAUAGACAGAGCGUCUCGCGAACCACUCGACCGUGGAGAGAGGGAGAGGACAAAGCGAGCUGCGUCGUUUCUCUUAUACACAGCAUUCCCUAUUCAGGAGAAAUCUGAUUAUAGGAUGAAAAAUAAAGAAAGUCACAAUACUACACACCGCAAAAGAAGUUUCACUUCUUGCACGUGCUCCAAGUUGCAUGCGCACCAUUUUUUUUAAAACAUAUUCGUACCUACCUACAUUAAUUUUCAAAUAAAGUUAAGAUGUGCAAUUCAAUAUAUCUAUUGGCUAACUUUGGUCUUGAAUUUAUUUGUGGAAGUCCAGAGAAGGUUUAAAAGGUAGAUAAAUAUGAAAAUGCUCGGAAUUAAAUAGAAACAACAAUUUUGUUUUACCUUUGAUGUGUCCCCAGUCGGAUGGAUUCCUUUUGUUUGUUUUAAGUUUAUUUUAUACAAAAGCUUAGGUCUUUUAUUUAUCGAUUGAGGUACUACGAAGUCUGCCGGGUCAGCUAGUAUAUAAUAAUUGAUUCUCUGGAAGAAUUAUCAAUGAAGCAGAGUCCCUAACUGCAAAAGAUUUCGUGGCGUGCAAUGCGUAGAAGAGCAUCGAAUCUUCACUCACACUGGAUUCACCAAUAUUUAUGUUUCUAGUACAUUUACUUAAAUUGUGAAAGUUUUUUAACGUGUGCUUAUUUGAAAUGAAAAAUAGUAGAUUUAAGAUCUUAAAGCUUCGUGUAAAUUUCUGUCUGUUAAAUAUAGGAUAGAAUAAUAGUUUUGACAUUUGUAAAAUAUUAGAUACUAGUUGUGCUCUGCGGGUUCACUCGUGUUUAAUUUGCAGUUCAAAAACAUUGAAGUACGUAUUAAUUUCGUAUUUUUGUGUAUGUUAACAAAGAGACUUUAUCGUAAAAAAAAUUACAAUGUAUCAUUUUUUGAGAAAUUAUUGAGAAAUAUGUUUUGGACGAUUGAUGAUUUCUUAGAAAAUCUAGACUUAUGUUACAAAUUUAUUUUGUUCAGCAAAAAUAAUUAUGUUUGUAGAUAAACCGACGUAGUGUGUUGUUUGUCAGGCAUCCGAUGAUUUUUAGAAAUCCUGAUGAUUUCGGUAAGCUGAGAUUAAAUUAUGAAGUUAAUGUAAAACUGAUAAAUCAAUGUCAUGAACAAAUAAUAAGUCGAAAGAAGUUAUCGUGGCCUAAAGGAUAAGACGGUCGGUGUAGUCGUAUCGACCGACUCGACUGUGCCGGUGUUCGAAUCUCGCAGACAGGUUUUAUUUUUCCCAAAAUCAUCUGAAUUUAUGAUCUCUACGAUGAAGGAACACCAUCGCGUUCUAAAAAGGAAAGAUGCAAAUUUAUUUGUUCGUAGACACACUGGUAGUACCUGCCUAGGUGGGCUUACAAUAUCUUGUAUCUUGGGCUGGUAGGUUAAGAUACUGACUACCACCUGCUUGCCUAUUUCUGCCCACUGUCGAAGUCGCACAAUUCAAUUGGGAUCUCAACUUGAUGAUGCCUGUACUUUAUAGCUUCAAUGGGUAAACGAGAUUACAUCUGUUGUUAAGUGGUGGUAAGCGCUGCCUCAGAACACUAGUUCAGUGUUAUAGUUAUAUGGUACAAGCUGGUGACGGUGGUAUAAGUUAUUUGACAGAUGUCUAAAUAUCGCCUACGAAAUUUUCAAGAUAAGCUUUUAUAUAUGCACAAGUUGCGAACAACAACAUUCGGACCGUCGGUAUACCGAGCAAUUUGAUUCGCUUGGUGGAAGAUCUUCCCUUCGCUUUUAUCCUCACACUGUUUGUAAAUUAAUAUGGAUCAAGCCAACCCUGACUCGUAUACCCGAUUAAGCAUUUUUACGGCUAAGCCUCAUGGUCAUUUGGUGGUCGGAACCGCGACCCGUUGGGAAAAUCCGGCGAGAAACUCAGCGAGCUAAUAUUUAGGUUAGGUUGCACGUUAAAUUCUUUGCCGAGUUCGACGAGUACGGUUACCGGGGUCCCUACUCCUAGUGUUAGAGCUAAAGCUGUCUAGUGCAAGGGUUAUUGGAUCUGAUGUAUCCGUAAGGACGUGUCUAGGGCUUCAACGGUGACUGGUUCCUGCGAAUUCGAUACAGUCGUCUGUGUACAUUGGUCAUGCUAUUUUCACAUUUGUUCUUUAGCGAUCUUCCUCUAAAUCUUGAACUCAAUAUCUUUCUUAUCUCUGUAUCCAUGAAGUAGCUCCAAAGUUUUUAUAUCUACCAUUUUAUGGUGUUCGUCUGGUGUUUUUUGUGGCUAUCGAAAUGCCUGCUUUUCAAUAACUCUUUGAAACGGCUUUGACAGUUCAUCUUAAAACUCUAACAUGUAUAAAAAUAAUAAUUUAAAGGUGAUUAUAAGCCUUAUGCGUGAAUUAUUGUUCGGCGGUCAAUUUAACAUAGUCAAUUUUUGUUGGAUGCUGCGAUACGAUUUUAGGGCUUGGGUAUUCUAUGGUAUUCGCGAACCCACAAUACGACACCGAUCUAAAAACAACCUAAAAAGUAAUUAUUAAGAGUGUUAAUUCAAUGAAAGCGUUCAUGCAAUCACGCAUUGUCAUUGAUGUUAUUUUUUAUCAUUAAAUAAAAUUUGUAAAUAAUACGAACUUUUUUGGACAACAAUCAACCUGUAUGUACGUGGUCCUGUAUACUCUAUUCCAUACGUGGUUAUUCAUUGUGUUUUUUGUUUCUUUGUGAAGUUCCAUUAAAAUAUAUCCAUCAGUAAUGAUCAAUAAGUUGAUGGCCUUUACCGAAUUCGGUAUGGUAUGAAUAAUCACCAUCAUUAGUGCUGGGCUAGCAGCUAUCUGGUCGUUUAUUUUGGCCCCAAAUAGUGUCAUCGAUGAUUGUAAUUUUUUCUCGUUAUUUCUAUUUCUUGUAAUAAAUUAAUAUACCUUUAGACUGUGCACAAGACGUAUGCAUUCUUGAAGAUAUAUCAAAGGAUAUCACAUACAAAAUAUCAAGUACAUAUAUAAAAAUUGCGCCAAUGUUUUUCUCGAGUACGUGUAAGCCUUUCUAUAAAAUUCACCCCGAAUGAUUUUUAGGUUGAGCUGAUACUGAUAGCGGGCAGGCAGACUUGGGUCAUAGGUCGCUACGAACGAAUGCUACGGCAUAGGGGAAUAACAGAUAUACAUUUGCUGUGGCCUAAUUAAGCUGUAUUUUCUGGCAUAUUCAGACUUUUAUGGUCUAAUUUCCUAUCUUUAAUCGAUCUGUGUGCUUAGUGCGAGUUUUUUAAGGUUCUUGAUAGCGUAAAAGUUAACCCAAUUUUGUAUGCAGUUGCAACAGCGCCCCUAGCGGCAAACGUAGGCAGACGAUCCCAGUCCAUACAAAUAUGAGUUAACUUUUACGCUAUCGAGAACGUUAAAAAACUCGCACCAAGCAAACUGUUGUAUUGAUCAGGCAUGUGGGCGAUAAUAGACAUGUCCGCGAUAGACUGGACGCAGUAGAAUCUUUCUGGUAUAUUCUCGAGAGCUGGUUGAUGCUAGUAUUGGUAGUAGGGUUUAUCAGGAUGAAGUUCAUCUUUAUUUCGAGGGAAAUUUGAGCUAGAUUAUCCAAUAACCACGUUGUUAUUUGUUCGUAGCCAUUAAGAAACGAGAAUUAGGAGGGAUCUGGAGGAAUCUCAAUUAAUUUAGUGGAAUUAGAAACGUACCACCGAGGUUUGAAACACCGAAUUUGAAACGGUGGGCAGCGGCUUGGCUCUGCCCCUGGCAUUGCUGAAGUCCAUGGGCGACGGUAACCACUCACCAUCAGGUAGGCCGUAUGUUCGUCUGCCUACAAGGGCAAUAAAAAAAAUAAAAAAAAACAUACCACUCGACAAAUGUAACUCAUUAGUUUCACUACUAUAUUCAUGAAUCGAAGAUAAAAUUUUGUAGAAGAUUAACGGAAUCUUAUGAAACUUAAACUAUGGUUUUUCCUGUCGUCUCUAUCUUUCAAAUUCUUAGCCCCAUAAGAGAGAAAGGGAGAGUGUAAUAUCAAUUUGUCGCCUUACGUUUUAUUAAGUUAAGUUUUGCUCAUUUCUAUAUUUCCAAACUAUUAGGUAGCUUAAAUGAAUGUUUAAUAAUAAAGUUAUAUAGAUUUAGUGCCGUCCGUAGCCAAAGAUGUUUUGUGCCAAGCAAUUUAAGUCCUUGUUCUUUUGUUUUUAAGAAAUUGUUUUAUUGUUAAAAGUGAAUUGUUUGUUAUUUAUGUAUAUCUUGAUACUUUUAUAGUAGUACAACUUGAUUAUUUACUUGUGCGUGUGUUGUCGUAAUAAUUGUUAUUUGAGUGCAGAUAGAAAGAUAGAUGCAAGCUAAUUUAGACGAUUACUAACAUAUGACGUAUAAAUUUGGUGUUAGGGUAGCAUUUUUGAAACCGAAUCACGAAUACCGUAUGUUCCAUGGGGAGUGUUCUGAGGAAUUGUUCGAGAUGAUACCGACAUCUCGCUUUUACCAUCGCACCGCCCGCCACCGGAGUUGAGUUCAUCCAUACUACCUGGAGCCACUGCGGUUAUCCACAGUGCGUUUCCAGAGAUCUUUUUUGCCACGUACUAUCCGGCUAUGGAAUGAGCAUCCCUCCACGGUGUUUCCCGAGCGCUAUGACAUGUCCUUCUUCAAACGAGGCUUGUGGAGAGUAUUAAACGGUAGGCAGCGGCUUGGCUCUGCCCCUGGCAUUGAUGACGUCCAUGAGCGACAGUAACCACUCACCGUCAGGUGGGCCGUAUGCUCGUCUGCCUAUACGGCAAUAAAAAAAAAACGCAAAAAAAACACGGGCGAGUUUAUGGCCCACUUAUUACUAAAUGGUUUCCGAAGCCCGUGGACAUCAGGAUGUGAAUACCGUCAAAUCACCGGGAGACAUCAGGUACAAAGCUGAAUUCUAUUGUAUAUCCUAUGAAAAGGAAACGCAUUCCUGCUUCGCUGCAGAAGCGGGCAGGUACCUAAAAAUGUACAAGGGAUUAGAAUAUGUUCUGCCACCAAAAUUGGUUGAAAUAUUUAAACCUCAUAAUUUAUUUUCUUUUAUUGCGUAGAUGGGUAGACGAGCUCACAGCCCACUUGGUGUUGAGUGGUUACUGGAGCCCAUAGACAACUACAGCGUAAAUGUGCCACCCACCCAUAGUUAGUUACAACGGCUACCCCACCCUUCAUACCGAAACGCAUUGCUGCUUCACGGCAGAAAUAGUCGGGGUGGUGGUACCUACCCGUGCGAACUCACAAAAGGUCCUACCACCAGUAAGAGUAAUCGAUGAUUUCUCCUACUAUAAUCCUAUUUUUCAUAAUUUUUUCACUAAAUAAUCAGGUUGUACAUUGUAUUUAUUGUGCAAAUAUAUUACAAUUUUUUUAAAUGUUCAUUUAAGAUGGAUAUUUCCUAUUAAAACUUAUAAAAAGCUUUAGUGACAAAUUCUAUGUGCUACAUCCCUCUCGUAGUUCAAGAAAGGGACGAAAUCAAUUUACAUGUAAGAUAAAUUAAAUGUAUGUAUAAUGAAUUAGCUAAUAGGUGACAAUGUUUUCAUUAAAUGGUUACAUUUACAAAAAUAAACAAAUUAAAACUAA